GAAGAUGAAGAUUGCGUAACAGCAAACUCUUGACUUGUCGACAUGUGUGUUUAGUUGAUUGGGACAGCAAUGUUUUGUCAAUCUCAAAAUCUAUUUGCUGUUUUGAUUUGUUCAUCUUCAGCCAGAAACAGAAUGCCCUUGUCGCUACGUUUUCAAGUGAAAAAUGAAUUGAACAAGCCCAGUUUGGCAGGGUUUCGUUUCGUGACGCUUGUUUGGAUCUUCAUCUUUUUCAGUCACCUUCGAGCCGCAGCUGCAUCCAGCCCCGAUGCUCCGGGUGGAAGCUCACCUUCGGUUCCGCUUUACGAGCCAAGAAUUCGCGGAGAUGGUGUUGUUAACGUUAUCAUAAUCGGAGCAACAGGGGAUCUAUCGAGGAGAUAUUUGUGGCAGGGAUUUUUCAAUCUGGUUAAUGAAGAGAAAGACCAGAAAUUCCACUUUUACGCUGGAUCACGGAUUGGUCCGGAUGAAGGGGAACGGGAGAUGAAACGCAUCUUAGAGCAGAAUGUAUCAUGUAGCAAAGUCCCUGCCUCGGUUGCCAUGACAGCAGAUGACUGUGAGAGAGCUAGGGCAGUCUACAGAGAUUCUGUCACUUAUCAUAUGCUGAAAAAGACUGAAGACUAUGAGAAGCUAUGCCACUAUAUCCAUCACAAGAUGCAAUCUGUGGGACUAGAGGAGGUCGGUAGAAUUUUCUACUUUGCUGUCCCUGCGUUUGCCUAUGCUGGAAUAGCAGAAAACAUUAAUAAAGUGUGCCGUCCAACAGGCAAGGCCUGGCUUAGAGCCGUCUUGGAGAAACCAUUUGGCCAUGAUACAGCGUCGGCUAAAAAACUGUCUAGCGCCCUCAAGGAACAUUUAGCAGAGAAUGAAAUCUACAGGAUAGAUCAUUAUCUUGGAAAGACAGGUGUGCAGAGUAUCCUACCAUUCAGAUCUCUCAACCAGAAAACAUAUGGAGAAAUAUGGAACAGUGAGAACAUUGAGAGGGUUGAAAUAGUGAUGAAGGAAUCACUUGAUUCUAAAGGACGUAUUUACUUCUACGACAAAUACGGUGUAAUGAGAGAUGUGAUGCAAAAUCAUCUGACAGAGAUCAUGGCCUUGGUUGCCAUGGAAAUUCCAACUAAUCUUAGCAGUAUCCAUGACUACCAGCGAGAGAAGCUGGCCCUACUCAGCCAGGUUGAUCAUGUGACCACAAACCAAGCCGUGAUUGGUCAGUAUGAGAGCUAUGUCGAUGAGUGGAGGGAUGAGACGGAGAACGGAGAGGAUGAGACGUCAACCGUGCCAACGUUCGCGGGCGUUCUGUUCUUCAUUUCGAGUCCACGUUGGAACAACGUCCCAUUCCUGAUGCUGUCUGGUAAAAAGUUGGAUAAGAAAGAAACAUAUCUUAGAAUCGUUUUCAAAAGCUCUCACUUCUGCACCAUCACGCCUGAUUACACCGAAGGGGAACACGCGUGCAGGCCGAAGCAAAUCAUAUUCUUCAUAGGGUCUAGAGGUCUCCCAACUGUCGCUGUCAGCAGGUCGCUACCAAAACCGCAAGUCCCCAACUCCUGGAGAGUUCUGGAACUUGAUCCAGGAGCGGACAUCCUCGGGUCGCCAGCCAAAGAUUUCUAUGCUUAUUCGGCUGGGGCAGAGUCCGAUGCUUACUCUGUGCUUAUCAAGGAAUGUUACCAUGGAAACAGGGAUAAAUUCAUUGGAUCAUCAGAGCUUGUGGGUUCCUGGGAUAUAUGGAGUCCGUUGCUCGCAGCGUUGGAAGAUAUCCCUCCUCGACGCUACCCUGGUGGCAGGGACUCUGGGCGAUGGCUUGACAUGGAGAUCAAGGGACGGAAGCUCAGGUUUAGCCAUGAUGUUGAUGGGAUAUGGAACGUUGAGGACUCUAACCGAUUUGGGAUGCCUUCCACUUCGGGGAUUCUCGAGACAUUCCGAUCUGGCGCCCUCCACACAGGAAGCAAAGAGGAAACGGUGUCUUUGUUAGCGAAACAUCUGCUAAUAGCGGCUCGUUCUGCUAUCGCCACCCGCGGGGCCUUUCACGUAGCCUUCCCUGGUGGGAGUACCCCGGAGUUCCUCUUUCUGCAUCUCUUCCUACGCAUGAGGCAUAGGUUCCCAUGGCGGGAGACACACGUCUGGUUCACGGACGAACGAUGCGUCCCGCUCACAUCUGAGCAUUCCAAUUUUAAUCAGAUCUACUCCAAACUUCUUCAGUAUAUUCCUCUUCCGUACACUAGUCUCCAUCCAAUGCCCGUUCAGCUUACAAAUGGCUUAUGCAACAGAGAGGACGGCGGACCUGACCUGUACGCGUCUGAAAUAAAGCGACUCGUUCCCGACCAGCGAUUUGAUUUUGUCGUGUUGGGGGUCGGCGAGGACGGCCAUGUCGCUUCCCUUUUCCCUCACAAUGAUGCCAUGUUUGAUAAAACAAAUAAUGUACUGCUUUCAGAAGGUGCCAUGCAGUUGAGUAUACCUCGUAGAAUGACGCUUGGCUUCUCCGCAAUCAACAAUUCUAGGAAUAUAGGUGUCCUGAUCAUUGGUGAUAGAAAACAUGCAAUAGUAGAGAAAUUAAAACAAACUCAUUUUACAGAUGCUAGUGAAUUACCCGUCCUUGCCAUCAUCCCUAAUAAUGGGACCCUUUCUUGGUUCAUAGAUCAUGAUGCAUUGCUUUGACGACAAGUUCUUUGAAUUAGUUGAUGAAUUUUUUCUUGUUUGCUCCGUUCUUAAUAAGAGCAUUUUGGUAACUCCGUCCCUCUUUCUCUUUAUCCUUGUGUUUUUCCUAUUUUUUGUGGCUCUCAUAGUAAUAUUUCUACUUUAUUGUUUGGUUUCUCUUACUUGAUUAUUGUGCAUAGUUACCAGGGAAAAACAAUAUGAGGGGGCUCGGGCGAGUUCUCCCCCGAAAUGCUCAAAACACUAAAAAGGGAGCCUUGGAAAUUCCCAUUCCUUGCAAUGUUAAGCCAUGGACCUACUGCAGUAGGAGCUCCAUGGUCAACCUUAUCCAAUGUUGCAGAUGUAGGCAGUAAGUCAUGAGAAGUAUUCCUCAAAAAUAUAAAAUUAAUGUUUCGCCUGGUAAUGUAUGGGAUGAUUGAUUACACCAUACCCCCACCAACAAACAAUAUUCAUAAAUAAGUAAAAGAUGAAUUUAUGAUUAAAUAAUUUUCAUUUUGAUAUUGAAUACUGCCUGUAACAUUUUACAAGUCAUUUGUUAUGAUUUUUUCUGCCAGUAGAAUUAUUACAUCUUUCAGUACUUCAUGUAUAUAAAUAAUUAUAUUGUGAUGAUGGUGUCAUGGUGGUUAGCUAUAAUGAUAAUGAUGCAAAGAUGAUGCUGUUUGUAAGCUCAUGGUAUACUAUUAGUCUGCAGGCGCAGACCUUGAUUGAAACUUUGAUCAACAAUUGGGUCUUCACACAAGACUACCACAUAUAAAAUUUGCAAUUUCAAUGAGGUCCUUCUGUAUACAAGUCACAGAUUGUAGGCUGCUCUUUCAGACCACUAAGUCGAGUGAAUGGUUUGCACAGCAGACUAGUCUACUCUUGUAUGCAAUAGGUUGGACCUCUAAAAUAAGGAUAACAAAUGC